GCACGCGCAGUCGGUUAGGCAGAGCAGUGUCAUGGCGCGACAACAAUGAGUGCCGAGAGUGUGCUCCUCGCCGACGAAUCCAGCACGAAAGACAGUAUGUGGGGCGGAUUCCGCUGUAACAGGGCUUUCGUGGUACUCUUCCUGCUAAAUGUGAUUGCAUUCCAAACUAUCGUAUAUUACCAGGAACAUAAGAAAUGGCAGGAGAUAAGGUCGAAAUUGGAGCCGGUGAUAUCAGACCUGCGGGAUGUUCAGGGGCUGACGUACAGUCUGCUGAAGCGGCUGGAAGCACACGGUCUCUUCGUCGAGGACAUUCGUGGAAAGACUGAUGACAAUCGUCCUGUGAUUUACGCCAUCACACCCACGUUCGCCAGGCCCGUGCAGAAAGCUGAGCUCACGCGCUUAGCGCAGACGUUUCUUCACGUACCCAACUUCCACUGGAUCGUCGUGGAGGACGCGCCGCAGAAAACGAGCCUGGUCACUCGCUUCCUGGAGACCAGUGGCUUGAUUUACACUCACUUAUCCGCAGCGACUCCACCAAACUACAAGCUCGGCAGGAACGAUCCGAACUGGAAGAAACCGCGCGGGGUCGAGCAACGAAACGCGGCGCUAGGCUGGCUCAGGGAAAACCUCAAACCGUCCAACAAAGGCGUUGUCUACUUCGCCGACGAUGACAAUACUUAUUCCAUCAAGCUCUUCCGUGAGAUGGAGAAAAUACAAAGAGUCGGCGUGUGGCCAGUCGGCCUAGUCGGUGGCCUAAUGGUGGAGAAGCCUAUUUGUGAUAACGCUACUAAUAAGGUGAUCGGUUUCAAUGCAGCGUGGAAACCGGAUCGGCCGUUCCCGCUCGACAUGGCCGGUUUCGCCAUUAAUCUUAAGCUACUACUUGAACACGAAGAUGCCUGGUUUUCGUACGACGUGCAAGGUGGUUAUCAAGAGAGCGAGAUACUCAGGCAAAUAGUCACGAGGGAUCAGUUGGAGCCGCUGGCGGACUGUUGCACGAAGGUGUAUGUGUGGCACACACGAACGGAACCGCCACAGCUGAAGGUCGAGCAGAUAUUAAUUAAGAAAGGUAAGCGUUCCAAUGUCGGCAUCGAGGUAUGAAAGAGUUGGUCAUCACCGCUGUGCGGGACAACACCGGACCUUGCUGAUUUCACGGAAACUCAGUGGUUCAUUAGAUAAUAAUUACGAUAAGUUCAAAUGCUUUCUUCAUUGGGUCCUACGUAUACACAGAUGCGCAGAUGUAGAAUGCAGUGCUAUACUCUAUAGCUUGUAGUGUUGAAGCCGAAGUUGAACAAUUGUAGUGACUUAUCAGAAUCUCAAAGAAUUAUGUGAUAUUGCUGCGUGCUUUUGGCACACAUACACAUGGGCUGGCCAAUUUUAUAUGCCGCAGCCACAGACGACAAUCGUCGUUUCGUGAGAACAAGCCAACGACUGUUUGCCAUUCGUAUGAUCAAUACGAGCAACCUCGUAAUAUCAUGUUCAUAUCGUUUUAUAAAAAUGUAUCUACGAUUAUUGUAAUAAAUUUUGAGGAAAAAC